AUGCUCCGGUCACUUUCCAGAAGGGAGAUGUGUCAGGCCUGGCAGGCCGCUGGGGACACCGGUACUCGGGAGUCCAUUGACGACCUGUACUCCAUACGGCUGAAGGAAACUGUUGGGCAGGGUGGCCAGGGGGUGGUGUUUAGGGGCCUUAUGCACGGACUGGAGGUGGCGGUCAAGGUGGUUGCCAAGGACAUGCCCGGGACGCUGAUUGCCAAGGUCCAGCAGCAACAACAACAACAGCUGGCGGCGGCGGCGGCGGCGUCCGCAAACCGUCGAGGGGGUGGUGGUGGCGGCGGCGCGGGCGGUGGUGGCGCCGCCGCCGCCGCCGCCACCCCGUGA